CUGCAGCCGCGACGUAGGGCCGAGCGCGCCCCGACCCCCUGAGUCGCGCACACGCACGACUCCGACGCGGUGCCGCCUUGUCACAGUCCUGAUCUGCCAUACCGUUGCAGAGUCCCGCCGUGCUCCGCCGAGUGCACUCGCCCGCGGCCGACGCGAACCCGCGACGCCAGCCCGCCAGCGACGGAAAUGACUUCGCAGCCGCCUGGCGCCAGCCGCGCCCGCCACCCACUCCGCCGCUAAGUCCCCGGCCGACGGGAGCGCAGCGAGCGGACGAGAGCGCAGCAUGAACAGCGGCGACACCGGGCGAAGUGGGAUCUGUGCGCGGUGGACCGCUCACACCUCGCUCGCGGAGGCCAGCAGGUGCAUCGGGGACUUUGCGCCGGGAGCGACGUCGAGCAGUGGCGCGGCGAACGCCGGUCGAGCCUCCCCAGCGCUCCGAGGCGAGCGCCCUCGAAACCUGCCCGCGGAUCUUCUUGCCACUGCGUCGACGGCGUUCUUCUGGAAGAAGUAAAUGUGUUCGACGAGUGUCUGAAAGUGAUGUUUUGGAAUUCGGCAUCCGAGGACGAUGUACGCCAGUAGUGACGCGAGUACGAACUUCAAGUUUAGCGAAGUGACUUUCGUGCUGACACCCAGAGGAGAUCAGUGAACAUUGCAAUCAUGUCCAUUUGCUUACGCAUUACGUCGUGUGGAGACACUACGAACGUCAACCAUCCAGUCAUCGAGGGAACUUGCGGCGGGUUCCACCAGCCCGUGUCGGCCAUGCUGGGCGCGUCGCCCGGCUCGCCCUUCCGCGCGGGCGCCGGCCACCGCGCGCCCUGGCCGCCGCCGUCGCCCGCGCACCACGCCAGCGCGCCCCAGCCGCAGGAU